AACAGAAUUAGAUACUGUCAUUUCUGUUAAUUCUUGUUGGAAAACAUAUUGAACAUGUUAUUUUUACAAUUGAAAAGAGAUAACAUUGAACAGAGUUUGAUACCCCGACCCUUCCAACAAAUCCAAAGUCCUCUCCGUACGAUGUCUUAUUCGGGGGAAGCUGUUGCGCAUUAAUUGUGUGUUAGUGUGAGACUGUCAGUGAAUGAAUGUGUGAUCCACAGACACCUAAAACAGUUAAUGCAAUUCCCGGUUAACUCGUACCGGAACGAUAACUGUAUCUACAAAAAUAAGUGAAAGAGAAGAUUGGAUAAGAAAAAGUGACCGCCAUUAAUUAAAAAUCAGAGGUUGUGAGAGAGAGAGAGAAGAGAGAGAUAGGGAGAGAGCGCCAUGGCUGAUUCUGUAUUCUCUCUAGUACCAGAGGACGUAGUCUUCAACAUCUUCUUCAAGCUCCAAGACGAUCCAAGAAACUGGGCUCGUCUCGCAUGCGUCUGCACCAGAUUCUCCUCUAUUGUACGAAACGUUUGCUGGAAAACACAGUGCUAUUCAGCUAUCCCCACCGUCAUCUCCGAUCUCCUUCCUAAUUCUUCAUCCCUUCCUCCUCCUCCUGGUGCUUGGGCUUCUCUCUACAAACUCGCCGUCUGUUGUCCUGGUCCCUUCCACGCCGGGAUUCUCCUCGAAAACUCCGAUUUCGGUCUUGAACGUGAGCUAGGUCCCGAUCAAAGCCUCGAUCUUAAACCUAGGCUGACGGAUCCAGCUCUUGACGACGGAGAAGUUUCGAAACCGGUCGGAUCUGGUUUUGAAACGACUUCGUUUUGGUCUCUCUAUGACGAUCUCUACGCUGAUACUCUCUCGGCUCCUCCCCAAGAUUCAACCGAAGAGCAAGAAGAAGAAAUCGAGACGAGUGAGAUAAGACCAGGACGUGAUCUUCCGGUGAGGAAACGAAGGAAGAUUUGCCGAUCUUUUGGAUCUCAUUUGGCUUCGGGAGCUUGGAACCUUAGCCGUGAACAAGGCAACAAGCUUCUCGCGAGUAGAUUCCGAGGUGACUGUCUCUACAUUUGCAAUUGGCCUGGAUGUAUUCACGUUGAAGAGAAACGCAACUACAUGUUGUUCAGAGGCGUUUUCAAAGACUUCAAACGCUCCCGAGUCUGGAGAACGAUUAACGACGGUAACCGCAGUAAGAUCUCCGGUUUGAAAUGCGCCUUCUGCUUGUGCGACGAGACUUGGGAUUUGCAUUCUUCGUUUUGUUUGAGAAGAGUCUAUGGGUUUCACGAUGAUGGUGAACCAGUUGUGAGAGCUUAUGUUUGUGAGAAUGGUCAUGUCUCUGGUGCUUGGACUAGUUUACCUCUCUACACUUGAGACCAGAGGGCUUUUCAUUACUCUUGUUCUAUUUGCUUUCAGAUUGUUUCAUGUUUGUAAGAAUUGUAUGAUCAUUUGUGUUUCAACUUCUGGUUUGACUUGAAGCUCUUUCUGAUUCGUCUUGUUUCAAAUGUUUUCAUAUAAUUAUUAAACCAAUAAAAACUUAAAUCUUAUUGGCUCA